GUGUAUUUCAAAAGUAUAACGGUCGCUUUAGCAGCGAGUCGCAAGUGUGGAAAAAUUGUGUGCGGAAAACUUCUUGUGUUUUUCAUAUUUGAUUAAUAAAAAAUUGCGUUUUUGUUGUGAGCAAAUUUCUUGAAAAAACAUGUUUAACUGAAAGUGAAUUCACUCAUCCAAUAGUUCGAAAUUGAUAGUUUUUUUGAAAAUAUGUGGCGACCUGCGAUUUUUGGUAUUAUUUUAAUUUGUUUAGUGUUGUCGUCGAAUGUUCAAGGUUCUUGCCUGGAGUAUGGACAUUCAUGUUGGGGUGCACAUGGCAAACGCUCCAGCGGCUCAGCGGUUGUCGGCAGUAAAGCUCGGCUUGCAGAGAGGAAUUCACGCGGCGGUAAUCAAUUAAAUUUGCUGGAAGAUGAGAAUGCAAAUCGAUUUGUGGGAAACAAGUUCGACAUCAACGAGGCAACGACAUCGGCUGAAAUUUCACCACAUUUGGCCACAAGUGCCGAGGACAACUCGGCCGAUUCAAACUACUCGACAAAAGAGCGCAACAACUACUUGGGACAACGCCAAUUGAAAUUUCCACUACACAAGAGUAACAGUGAGAGCAGCAACACAGCACUAGAUCACAGUAAUCGAAAGAGUGAGACGGCUGAUUCGCGUGAAGAACGGCAACAUAUACUACAUUUGCAACAACAACAACGGAAGUAUCCACAGCAUAUUGAACGUUGGCAUAAACUACCGAUUUUCGGCUUACGACGACCCUACGUCAGCUCACCACUUGCAUUGACCGAUGUCGCACCGCUCGAGUUGCCCAAACGGAAUGUUGAAAAGGAUUUACUACAACAAAUUGGACAGUUGACAGGCGAAAGAUACGACGAUGUUGGCGCUUACUAUGACUUUCCAUAGAAGUGAGAGUGAAUGGUGGGAGAGGAGCGCUUUGGGUGGAGAAACAUGAAGUGAAUAAUUAAAAACUGCAGUAAGACACAAACGCACACACAGCAAAAAAUAAAAAAAAAAUAUUUUAAAUGAGUUCUUUUCAGUUUCAAAUUGAUUUGUUUAUUAUAAGAGGACUACAAAAUUUCACAAAAUAUUUAUAAUAAAAAAAUGUUUUUGAAUGAAUCUAUGUAAAAAAAAUUUAAAAAGCUCUAAAUGUAAACAUUUUAUUAUAAGAAAACUCUAUUUGUGUAUUUUAGGCGUUGCAGUAAGAUAAAAAAAAAAUAUUCAAAAAAAUAUUUGAAAAAAAAAAUUAACAAAAAUAAUUUUGUUGUAAUUAACUUUUAUGCAAUUCAUGACUACAUAAUGAUCAGGUUACAAAUUUAGAUAAAAUUUAAAUUAACUCGCUCUCCAACUACUUGUCAAAAUAUUGAUGCAAUGGGCUGGAUGCAUCAAUAUUAUUGAUGAGCACUAUAAAUUUUGUGUCAAAUCAUGAUGAAACUACUACAUACAUGUACACAUAAGUAUAAAUAUAUAUGAAUACAUUUUCAA